GCGCCUUCUUCCCACCUUUCUGUUCACCUACGAAAGGAAAAGACACGAGGCUGACCUUGGAACACGAGGCUUGCCUGUUCCCUUAGAUCUCUCUGGACGCUAUCAUCAUCCUUGGGGAUUUUUUUUAAAUCUUAACCUCCCCGCUCUCCACCUUGCUCUUCACCUUACUCGCUUCCUUGAAGACAAACUCGCUUUCUAAUAUUCAACUUAACACAAAAAAAAUCAAUUCUCUAACGCGAAACCAACUUAUUCUGCUACGUCUUCACGAACUCGCUUAUUACUUCAUCCCUUUGCAUGAUAUUUUCAUUUUAUUAACGAUAUGUCACGACUGCAGCCCAGCACGUCUUCCGAAUCUCCUCUAAGCGCAUCUGCGCCUGGCGAUUCCCCAUCAAACAGAGGCUACAUCUCAGAACGCCCCUCUUCUUCUACUCAUCCGAGAAUAUCAGAAGGUUCAGAAGGUUAUCCCUCCUGGCUCCCAAAGAGGCCUCCUCCGCCUGCACCAGCAUCCUCUGUUGGGAUGUUUGAGCCUCCCCCGCCCGAGGCGUUCUCAGGUGGUCGAAAGGCUACGCCACGUUCUGUGCGCGUUGUGAGCCUCCAGGACACUGCCCAUGCUAGCGCUAAUCCGUACAAUCGCCGGGAUACCGCAGAACAGACUCCGCAGAGCAACCCUCUACGUCCUCGAGUCUGGUCGCGUGCCACGACUGCCGGCUUGAGCGCAACUUUGGUCUCACCACCUGUUAAAACACAGGAGCACUCUCAAGCACCAAAGUUCCGGUCAACUGGUCUUCACCCGGAACUCCUUCGCAACCCUUCUACCCUAACUCGCCUUUACUUUUACUUGCUUCCUCUCAUGACCUUCUACCACAUUCCUGUACAAACAUUCUUCGACUUCAAUGCUGUAUUUAUAAUCUUGCAGGUCGCCAGGUUUCCCAAUCCUUCCGCACCAGGCGUACCGGGUUCGGGCAAGAAUUGGGCACUCGGUGCUGCAGCGUACAUAGCUUGUUGGCUGGCUUGGAUCACCAUGGUUUUUGUUCUAUAUGAACUUGUCUACUCCUUCUGGCGCAGAUGGCGUGUUAAGCGACCACUUAUCACGCCAUUGUAUCUUUCUUCGGCUGCUUUCAACCUCGCUUCCAUGACGUCCUACACGAACUUCUGCUUCAUGCAGUACAUCCGCUUCUCGGCUUUCUUUGGCGAAAAUGGUAGUUUUCGAGAUGGCAUUUCGGAAACGUUCUGGUUUUACUCCCAGAACCUACCCACUGUCGCCCUUCUGCUUCCUCGAGCGGGUCUCUCCCUAGCUUUGCUGUUCGCAUUUACAUCCGCUUCUCCUGAUUAUGUUGCUAUGCUCGAAGCUGGCUUCAAUCGUCGUGACGGAACUUACUUCCGUGCGUCAGAUGGUACACUAACGGAUUACGCCCGUGGCGUUCUUAUUGCCAAUGCCGCUUGGACGGCGUGGCGUGUCCUUGUCCUACUCCUCAGCUGGAUUGGUCUGUGGAUUAUGAGCGGCCAUGGCUGCGCCGGGCUCUGUGGGCCGCGCUUCAGAUGGGAGGAAGAAGAUCGGGAGAAGUCUACGUCCAACCACAACGGCGACGGCGACGGUGCCUCUGAAACGGAUGCUCUCCCUUGGAGCUGGAGAAUUUGUACACGUCAACGCAUCCAAGAAGCCUAUGACUUUUGCUUAACGGUGAAGCCUUCUGCACGGUGGUCUGGUACCGUAAAGAAGGAAGAAGCCGGACUGCUAGGUGUGGAAACUUCCCCACCGUUCGAAGUUGAGCAGGUGCUUGCGGCUGUCGGUUUCCCUUCCGCGCCACCGCCAGCAAGGCGCGGUGCACUUUCAGAGGACCUUUUUGCAUUCCCAAGAGAAGAGUCUGGGGAGGCGCCAGCGCCUCCACCGGAGCUGUCCGAGAUCAUCCCCAAAGUUGUGAAGAGAUCCUCGAAGGACAAGGAGAUGACAGGUCCUUCGGCGCCCCUGCUCAAGCUUCCGUAUCCAUUUGCUGGGUAUGGUGCGCAAGUGUCGUCCAAAGAUCAAAUCCCUUUCCCACCUUCCCCUGGUUCCAGGAAGGAGAAACGCAGGUCACCACCCACCAGUGGCUCCGAACGUCCAGGACAAGCUGAUGAAGAUGAAGAGGAAGAGGAAGAGGAAGAGGAAGAUGAUGACGAUGAAGAAGAGUCAGAUGAAGAGAUCGGGAUCGAGGUCGAGAAUGCAAGCGAUGCUCCACCACGCACCUCCGGCUCGAUGUCCAGUCUUGGACAGCCGGUGUCAUCUCGUUACCCAUUCCAACUUCGCCGUCCUGCCCGCGGAGGCUCUGUAUCUUCGACGACCGGUACACACUCGACUCCUAAGACACAUCUAUCAACGAAUACUCGCUCAACGGGGUCGGGAACGUCACAUUCUACACAAUCUACUGGCAAUCGCGAUACCUCAUCUGAAUCCCCCAUGUCGCAUGUCGUGAGUUCGGGCAUGUCCAGUCCUAGUUCCGGAUAUGGUAGCCCGAUACCCAUGCCACCUCGUCAUCCCCAACCAGGUCGUGGUCGCGCUCGUGCAGGAACCGUUCCAUUAGUGUUACCAUCUCCCUCUCCUAUUUUGUACACUCCGAGCAGAAUCCGCGUCGACAGCGACCAUACGGAGACUUUUGGUGGUGGUGGUUACGAAUCCUUCCUUAGUGAGGAGGCUGAUGAUGAUGAGGCAGAGGAGGAAGAAGAGGAAGACGAGGAAGAGGAGGAAGACCAAGACGAUGAGCCGCAGAUGAUGGAGCAACCUGUACCGGAAGGUCCGCAUGAAGCUGCGGAAGGCGAGGAUAGUGUUGGUCUCCUCGGAGUUGGUCCUCGCAGCCCGAAAUCUUCAAUGGUCAGCAGCCGUCGCCGUCGUGGUCAUCGCUCAGAUUCUGGGCGUUCACAAUCCGGACGUUCACGAUCUGGUUCACGAUCCGGCUCUCAAUCGGGUUCGUCGAAUUCCCGUGCUGGUUCAGCCGUUCGUUCGCGGGCGCAGUCACUCAUACACAGCAUCGGAGCCGCCUCACGAUCCUCGUUGGAUCUUGUCCAGUCCAUGCGUUCUCGUGCGAAUUCGUCUAUGGCUCGUCUUGAGGAGGACAUGGCGUACUCAACCGACUCUCGCUCACGUAGCGGGUCAGAGGGAGUGCACAGCAGCAACGAGAAUUAUACUUUCGGAGUAAGGCCAUCUGUGGGGCAAAGCUCCGGGUCUCGUCUGAAAUUGGCUUCCUCAAACCCCUCCAUCUACACCCCCUCUAUUUCUGCGCCUUCGGAGGCCACUACCUCUCAUCUCACUGCUCGCCCUACCUCCCGCGAGCGUGAGGUCGGGCGAUUAGAUAUCCCCACGCGGCCGUAUGGGGGGCAGACCGAUGAUAGCCGACCCGACAUCAGUACCGCUGCUCAGUCGUUCAUAACAGCGCCUGCUACAUUAGACGGCACCUCAGUUUCCAGUGAACCCAUGCCAGCAAGUUGGCAAGAAGUGUCGCACAUGGUUGACAGACCAGGCACCGAGUGGAGACCUGCAUGAGCAUUCCUCGUUUUCUCUGAUUUUUUUUCUUUGCAUGCUACUUAUUUGACAUCAUCUAUUCAUUCACAUUCCCCCGCCACAUCAUCACCCUCAACUUGACAAUUCUUCAUCCAUAAUUCAGACACUGGAGUUACAUUUCACACUUAUUCACGCGCGAGACCUCGUUUAAUUCUACUGCUGCCGUUGGUACUCCUGUUCUAUCUAGCUCACAUUCAAUGUUAUCCUCAUGGAUCUGGAC